GCAAUUGAAAUUCGCAACCAAAUAGAAGGCGAAAUCUGUCAAUUACGCUCAGAGAGAGAGAGAGAGAGAGAGAGAGGGGGAGCGACCGACUCGUGGAGCAUUGCAGAGUGUGAUGCGUGGAAGCAGGGGACAGAAAAUGGCGAGAUCGCAUUGGAAGGAGCUCUUGCAAUGGCGAAUCGUCACGCCUUCUGAUCCCUAACAACGCUUUUCUUCUCUCAAACCGUUCGCUUUCUCGAAUCUGAUCGAUUCGAUCCUCAUCAUCAGAAAUGGCCGAAGUGACAAAACUAUUCUAUAUAGUAGUUGUUGAUGAUGAAGAGGAGAGUGAAAAAGGAAAAGAGUCGUUCCGGUACACGCGCCCUGUUCUGCAGAGCACUCUGCAGCUCAUGGGAUGCAAAGCUCGACAUGCGUUUAAGAUUAGCCAAAGGGUCUUUGAAUUGAUGAAAAGUGAAUGCCCUGUGGAUGCUUGGGAUUCAGCAAAUGUUGAGAUGGUGGACUUGGAUGUUUUAAAAGGACAAUCUCAGAAAGAAAAUGGUUGCUGUACUGGGGGUCACCAUUUGGUUUUAGAGAAUGAUGGUAAAAGUAAGAAUAAACCAUUUGAAUUGUACAAAAGACGCACAACUGUGGUUGUUAAAAGAAAAACCUUUUUAGAUGUUGUUUGCAAUGCUCUGGAUGAAUAUAAAUAUGUGGGUCCCAACCAGAGAGCGGAUUUGGUUUUAGCUUGCAGAAUACGGGAAAGGAAGGAAUCUGUAACCGUGCUGUUGUGCGGGACUAGUGGCUGCGGCAAAUCUACAUUGUCAGCACUGCUGGGUAGCAGGUUGGGAAUCACAACUGUGAUAUCUACUGACUCGAUUCGGCAUAUGAUGAGAAGCUUUGUAGAUGAAAAGCAAAAUCCCUUGCUCUGGGCUUCAACAUACCAUGCUGGGGAAUAUUUGGAUUCAGUGGCUGUUGCAGAAGCAAAGAAGGACAAAAGGAAAGCUAAAAAAUUAGACGGUGUUUCCCAGCAGCUACUAAAGGAUGAUGUAUCUGAUGGUUCUGUUGGAAAAUCUGAUAUCCGACCACCAGAAAUGGGUUCUAGUUCUGCUGAAUUGAUCAGUCCGAGACAGAUGGCCAUUGAGGGAUUUAAAGCACAAAGUGAAAUGGUCAUUGACAGUCUUGAUCGACUGAUCACUGCAUGGGAAGAACGGAAAGAAUCAGUAGUAGUUGAGGGUGUCCACUUAAGCCUUAAUUUUGUGAUGGGGCUUAUGAAGAAGCAUCCUUCAAUCAUUCCAUUCAUGAUAUACAUAACAAAUGAGGACAAACACUUGGAAAGAUUUGCAGUUCGUGCAAAGUACAUGACACUAGACCCCGCUAAAAACAAGUAUGUAAAAUAUAUUCGAAACAUCAGGACAAUCCAAGAAUACCUCUGUAAGCGUGCAGACAAGCAUUUGGUCCCAAAAAUAAAUAAUACGAAUGUUGACAAGAGUGUUGCCGCCAUCCAUGCAACAGUCUUCAGCUGCCUUAGAAGGCGUGAGGCUGGCGAGCAGCUUUAUGAUCCUGCCACAAACACAGUUGCUGUGGUUGAUGAGGAGUACAGGAAUCAGUGUGCUGCCAAUUCAUUGAGCUCCAAGGGUAUGUUUCAACUAAUUCAAAGACAAGGUUCUAGUAGGCAUCUGAUGGCUCUUCUGAAUACUGAUGGUUCUGUGGCAAAGGCUUGGCCUGUUGGCUCAGUUAACUCUGAUGGCAAGCCCAUUGGCCAGUCUACUGAGAAUGGGAUAGGGACACCAAUGUAUGGGCCGUUGCACAUUGGUAAGGCUGAACCUGUUAAUCUUCAGUUUGGCCACUUUGGGAUCAGUGCUUGGCCUAGUGAUACCGGUGGCACAAGUCAUGCCAGCAGUGUUGAUGAAUCGAGGGGUGAUAUUACUGACAACGGUAGUAGAUAUUACUCUUCCUGCUGCAGCUCGCCCCGGAUGUCUGAUGGACCAGCCAAGGAGCUCAAGGAGGAGCAGUCUGUGCAUGGCAGUGAUGAGGAGGUUGAUGAUCCUCCCGAGGUGGACAGCGAUGAGGAUCUUAGUGGUGAUGGUCGAGAACAAAUUGAUGAAGAGAUGGAGGGCUCAGUGGAUGAGGAGUCGACUAAAUCAGAUGAAGAGUAUGAUGAUCUUGCGAUGCAGGAUAUCCAAGAGAGUGGCUACCGGUCAGAUGAUGAGGACGAGGAGUUCAAGGAUAAGGUAGUGCCUAUUUCCGGGGAGGUACCAACUCUUGAGCUUCCUGGUAUCCGUGGAGACAAAGAUAGACAAAAUCUUGAUCACAUGAGAACUAGAAGUGAACCGUUUUCUGAUCUACCUCCCUCUUACUCUCAUCGACUAAGGGAGAAGAAUGAAAAUAGAGUGCCAUCUUCUGGAAAUGUCAAAAUGAGAAGACGUUCUCAUAGUAUACCGUCUUCUGGAAAGCGUGGUGGAGUGAGUAAAGGUCAAAUUCUCUCCAGAGCCACACAGAGGUAGCAGGAAAAUUGUGUUUUGUUUUGUUUUGUUUCUUUUUCUGGUUUUGCCCUUUGCCUUUUGUACUUGCAAUUAAAAGGGUAACGAGGCAAUUCAGUCUCCCCCCUGCAUAGAAUGCUUUUAACAAUAUGGAUACAUGAACUAGAGUGUAUUUUCCGGCAAUUUUGUUUUAAGACUAAGCUUUCAUGCAUACUUUAUAAAUGAUCUCCGAUCACAAAAAAGAUUUUGAUU